AUGAACACGUCAACAGCUUUGGUGCUUGGACCAGGUCAAUUCAGAGUCAAGGUAUUGUCUGUUCUAUUGAAAUCACCAUCGUGGCCGAAGGUGACAAUUAUGACAUUCAGUGAAGAAAAGGCCGGUAUCACUUUUUGCUUUGGCGAUGACGAAAUAAUCUUUCCGUUUGAAUCAUUCGCCGGACUACCUUGGUCGCCACCUUUGGGAAAUAGUAUGCGUUUUGGAUUUUUGGGUUCCUCCAAUGUAGACAUCUUUGUCGAGUUCAAAAGUCAUGACGAUUUACUUUAUGCUCACAAUUUACUGAAGAUGAAAUACUUAGUUAUUGCUCAGUUCACGCCUCCGGAAUUAUUUUAUCGUGGUGAUAUCAUGGAAAAUAUAAGCACUGGAAUAUAUAUCACUUGGUUAGAUUUUUUUUCUAGCGAAUGUGCAAAACGGGAAAAACUCGAGAAAGAAGAUACAACGCAAAAAGACAUCUUGAGACUGACCAUAAAAAAGAAGACAUUCUCUGAAAUCGACCGAAGCUUUGUAUGGAAACCAUCAUCGCCAAAGCGAAUCAAGCAGUCGUUCGAUGUGGAAGAUGACAUUGAACAAGAUACAGUAGAAACUGAGGAUCUUUCGGCAGAGUUAAGUGGACUAUCUCUGAACGAUUUCACGACCCAUCAAAGAAGGACUUUUUCCGGUUCUUCUAUGAUCUCUCCAAUGAUAUCGGGAACUCCUGGGUUUGCGAGUGUCGGUAACAUGUGCUCUAUGAUUUCCAUACUGCAAAGCUUAUUUGCUAAUUGGAUUUUUGUGAAAGAUCUUUAUAAAUUUUGCAUGAAAAUCGAAGAAUGUGGCAUAAAUUUGAAUGAAGAAAUGCCCUUGAGUCUAGUAGUUGCCGGUCUUGCAACAAGACGGUGUAGCGCUAUAAAUGAUUUGAAGACAAAAUUGUUAGAAGCAAUUCAAGGUACAGCCGAUUUCAUGGAUGAUGGACAGCAGGACGCUCAUGAAUUUUUAAUUAGUAUUUUAAAUCAUGUCCAAAAGGAGUGUGACCAGAUGUUGUAUAAGCAAUAUGAUAUUGUGGAUAAACAAGAACGAGACAGAAGAAAUCCAGUGACAUCGAAUUUUGCCUUCGUUAUAGAAUCCACCAUAAAAUGCAAUAGAUGUGGAACUGUUACAAAGAACGAAGAAGAAAAUGUUAUUUUGCCGGUCGCACUCCAGAUGCUGGAACAAGACAUUACUCGAUGUCUUAUCCUGUUUAUCAAACGUUAUUUUUUCAACGAAUCCGUUGUUAUAAAACGUGAUGACGAAGUUGAAGUUCCGCUGUAUUUAGCUUUGAAGAAAGAUUCUAUUGGUGAAGCAGCUCAGUUUCCAGCUUUAUCUCCAACUACUGAGGAAAUUGAUCUCAAAACCAUCAGACCGCUCGGAAGGAAAAUAUUUUUGAAUGCAAAACGACGUUUGAAGCUCGGAAAUUCAGCAAAUGAAUCGAACUCAUCAGCUGUAGAUGUACAGUCCACACGGGCUGGUAAUCCAAAAGCCGAUUCAUUAGCUGUUGACUUGAGCAAUCUUACCAUAGGUGGCCUUGCAAAGACUAGUGACGAUCUUGGAGAAGUUGGUGUGAACACGGACAUGUUUACAGAUUCUUGCAAACCAGAUGCGAAACAUGAUGGAACUGCUGUUCUAGGAAAAAAGUUUGAGGCCAGUCAUGGAGAAGCGGAAGAACUUGCCAAUGUAGAGUUAUUAAAGUUUAUCCAAUGCCGUACUAAUUCCAACAGUGAGGGAGUUGAUAGUUCUUCAGAGAAUGAGGAGUAUGUUCUUCAACCAGAACCUUAUUCUCCCAGAGACGAAGUACAGGAGUCAGUGCUGUUACAAGUGCUGAUUCCUUCAAGCGAUGCACUGUAUUCACUGCUAUCACAAGAGCUGAUUACUCCCAACGAAGUACUGAACUUAUUACUGUCACAAGAACGGAUUUCUUCCAGCGAAGUACUGGACUCAUUUCUGUCGCAAGAACUGAAACAAUUGUGUUUGGUACAUACUGAAAGUUCGCAAAAAAGACUAUGUCGUCGAGGAUCGCGAGCAUCAGUUGGCUAUCAUAGCGAUGAGGACGUGAAUGCCAUGGCGAAACCAAGACAGAGCACGAUUCGUAAACGAAGACUAUCGGAUGACUCAGGAUGCGAUCGAAGAAGUGGAACAACUAUGCUUAAAGUAUCAUUUUUUAAUUCAGAGAAGAGGUUUGGGAUUCUUUGCAUAAUCUGA